UCUACUCCCUUUGUUCAGACACAAAAAAAUAUACCCUUUCAUUUCAUAUUUUAUAAAAGCUUAAAAAACACAGAAUGGAUCCCACUUAAAUACCUUUGUUCAAAUUUCUUGCCUUUUUCAUUUUAUAACUUCUCAGUCUCUUCACUGCUUCUUUCUUUCGGUUUUUCAGGGAAGAGAAAAAAAUGUUUGCUUCUGGUUACAGAAAUGGAAAGAGCAGAAAGAAAGCCCAACAAAAAGGUUUCUGUUAUGCUUGAGAUUGGAUUAGAGACUAUAUUAUACCCCAAUCUUGGUUCUUUGGAUUGCUUUAACUGUGAUUAAAUUUUGCUGGAGUUAAUAUUGCAUUGGAUGUGUAGCAUGUGUCAUUACUGUGGUGCUGAACUUGCGAAGUCUAUUGAAGAAAAGAGGAAACAGGAUAAUGGUAAUGCUGUAAUUUCAAGUACUGGAGACCCCAUUUGGUAUUGUAAAUUAUGCUGUGAGAGGAAAGGAAGAGACUUCGUAAAGCAGGAUGGUAUUACUCCAUAUGCAACACCAAUGAUCAGUCCAAUUUUCUCAUUGUCUUGUAGUGACCGCUCAUAUUCUAGCUGCAGUGAUUUUUCAGUUGAUAUAAACUCAUAUGAUCGGGGCGAGGAUGGCCAAGAGGUUGUUUCAAAAAAAAUUUUGCCAAAUGGCCGAUUGCAACACCUGAGCUCAGAAGGCCCUAGGAAGAGAGUUGAUAGCUUGAAUAUGAUGAUAGAAAGCAACUUGAGGGAUAAGAAAAAUAGCUAUGAUAUGGACAUAGUGAGAGAUAUUGAGAUAACAGAAGCUAGUAAUCAACAAGAAGCAAAAGAGAGCAUUGUUGAAAAUUCUCCUACAACCAUAGGCAAAGAAAAUGGGGCUUCUCAGUCCAUUAAUGUUGAAAUGGAUAGUCAAAUUUGGGAACCUCCAGAACCAGAAUAUCCAGUGGAUGACUUGGAGGGAACCGUGGCUUAUGAUGAUGAUGAUGAUGAAUGUGGAGAUGGCACAGAAUGGGGAAAACCAAGUUCCUUGAGUCAUAUUAUAGAUGAUGACAAUGGAAGAUACAGGUUUAAAGAGGAAAAAAAAAGAGCAAUGGAAGAGGUAAUAAAUGGGAAGUUCAAAGCUAUCAUCAGUCAACUUCUUAAAUCUGUGGGCGUUGCCUGUUCUGUUAAUGACAGCCAUAAUUGGGUGGAUAUAGUUAUUUCUUUAUCUUGGGAAGCUGCUCUGUUUUUGAAGCCCAAUGCUAUUGAUGGCAAAGCAAAUGGUCCAGAUAGAUACGUGAAAGUAAAAUGCAUUGCAACUGGUUCUCGCAGUCAAAGCCAAUUGAUCAAGGGAUUGGUCUUCAAAAAGCAUGCUGCUCAUAAGCACAUGCAAACGAGGUACAAGAAUCCAAGGCUGUUACUAAUUCAGGGAGUCCUUGGUCAGUCGUCUAGUGGGUUGUCUUCAUUCAGUUCACUAGAUGAGGAAAAAUGUCAUCUGAAAUGUCUAAGUGAGAUGAUAGAUAUGUGCCAUCCAAAUGUGAUAUUAGUGGAGAAAACUGUUUCACGUGAUUUUCAAGAGUGUAUCCUUGAGAAAGGAAUUACACUGGUGUUUGACAUGAAGCUACAUCGUCUAGAGAGAGUUGCACUUUGUACUGGCUUACCAGUUAUACCAUCUGAUACUUUGCUGAAUCAAAAGCUGAAGCAGAAUGACUCCUUUAAGCAGUGCGACUCCUUUCACAUAGAAAAGUUCAUUGAGGAACAUGCUUGCUGUGGUGAAGGGGGGAAACGACCAAGUAAAACAUUGAUGUUCCUUGAGGGCUGUCCUAAACAUCUCGGUUGCACUAUUUUGUUGAAAGGAAGUCAUUCUGAAGAACUCAAAAAGAUUAAGUGUGUUGUGCAGAAUGCCGUUGUCAUGGCAUAUCAUUUAAUCCUAGAAACUUCUUUCCUUAUUGAUCAGAAGGCAAUGUUAUCUAGAAUCCUUUUCACUGGAAUAGCAAAUGUUUUGCUACCAGGUCGGGAAUCCCAUGCUUCAGAAAUUGGUAACCUAAGUGUUCCUUGUCUCGAUGGGUCUACUGCUGAAACUCGAUCGCAUGAAGUUGACAUUCCGAUUUCCAAUGCAUUCAAUGAAGAAGGUUACCACAUAAAUGGGGAAAAAAAUGGUGAUCAAAUCAUGAAUUCAGGAUUAGACUACAAUUCAGCAUUAUCUUUGGAGCCAUAUAAUCCGGCAAUUCUCUCUGGGUUGUCGUCUAUUUCUGCUUCUCUGAAGAAAGUUAUAGGAAAUAAUUUCCCUCUUGCAUCCACUGCCCCUUAUCGGUCAUUGUCUGCAUAUUUUGGGUUAAAUGGGAUGCAAUCCAAGCUAAUAGAAGCAGUUCCGACAGUGAAAUAUUUUGAGGUCACAGAUCAAUUUUAUGUGGAAUCUAAAGGUGAUCCUGAUGAAAAGAAACCUCUUGAGGACAGACAAGCCCAAUUUUCUCAUGCUUUCUUUGAAGCCCCACUUGACUUGAAAGUUAAUGGACAUGAUAACGAAGAACUUAAAAAUAAGGACAUCAACACAAUGUUGAAUUCACAGAGUAUUUUGGUUCUUAUUGCAAGCCGGAAUGCCUUACGGGAGACUAUAUGUAAGCAAAGCCAUUUUAGCCAUAUAAUGUUCUACAGGAAUUUUGAUGUUCCUCUUGGAAAGUUCCUUCAAGAUAAUCUACUCAAUCAGGGAAGUCAGUGUGCUGUAUGUGGUGAACCGCCAAAAGUUCACUUUUACCAUUAUGCACAUCGUAGUAAGCAAUUAACAAUACAGGUUAAACAGCUUCCUAAGCAUUUAUCUGGGGAAGCACAGGGAAAACUCUGGAUGUGGAGUCGCUGUGGCAAGUGUAAAACUGGGAAUGGAAUUUCAAAAACUACAAAAAGAGUGCUAAUGUCAACUGCUGCCCGUAGUCUUUCAUUUGGAAAGUUCUUGGAACUCAGCUUUUCUGAACACUCUUCAUCCGGCCAAUCAUCCAGCUGUGGGCAUUCUCUGCAUAAGGACUUCCUAUAUUUCUUUGGGUCGGGUCCUAUGGUUGCAAUGUUUAGUUGCUCCUCAGUUACUACUUAUACCAUGUCAAUGCCUCCACAACAGCUGGAGUUUAGUAAGUCAAUUAGAUCAGAUUGGCUGAAGGAAGAGUUUGAAAAUGUUUAUAUGAAAGGGUUGCUAAUGUUCAGAGAGGUUGCAAGCUUUUUGGUGCAGAUAAGAUCUCAAUUUGAGGGCUCGACUCUAAACCUUAAAGGCUCCUUAAAGGAAUUUUCUGAUGUUGAAGAGAUGUUGAAACUGGAAGCUUCUGAUUUUGAGGUAAACUUUCAGAAUGCUGUUGCAGAGAAUGGAAAUGCAAACUUGGGUUUUCACCCACUCCUCAGCUUGACCCAACUAAGGUGGGAUCUUCUUCUGGAAUCAUGCCUUUGGGAUAGACGCCUGCAUUCUCUCCUCUUGCCUGAUCCUACAGUAGUAGUUGUUGGUGCCAAUAACAAAGCGGUUCUGGAGCAAUUGGAGUCGGAUAUGAGUAGUGCUGAUGGAGAGGACAAUAGGACAGAAGCUAAAUCUGGAAAUGGUGAUCAGUGUUCUUAUAAUACUGGUAAUCUGAAAGAUGAGACAGGUUCAUCUGUUGAAAGAAAUGAAUUUUCAGGUGAUAAAUUCUCUUCAAAUGUUCCUGUUAAAAAAUUCGAGGAAUGUGACAGCAUACACAAUUCCACUAUGGUUGAGAAUAUUGGAAAGCCAACAGUGAACGGUACAUGCCCUGUGAAAUCAUCCAGCCUAGAGUUUGUUGUGACAUCUAAUAUUUCUGUUCUUCCUCAUCUUGGUGAUGAGAAUUAUCAAGCAGAGGAUGAACUGCUGUCAGAUCAUUUGCAAGUGGAUAGAACAAUUCCAAUUUCUACAGAGCUUUCUUCCGAUGAAUCGAUAGUUGACUCAAAUGGAUCUAGUAGGGGUGGAUCUCCACGUUCAUUACUAUCCAGCUUAGAAAACUUAAACGGAUGGUUUUGGAUGCCUUUAUCUGAAAUCAGACAGAUAUACAUGAAGGAUCUUCUAAGAGGAAAGGCCCCCAAGUUCGAAUCUAUCAGUAGUUAUACUCCUGAGAAAAUACCCACAGGCAAUCAAUUAAUCAGGGAGGAAGGGAUGAGGCUACACAUACCUCUAGGAAUGAAUGAUUAUAUAUUGUCAGACUAUGAGAGUGAACUAUCAAGUAUAAUUGCUUGUGCAUUAUUGUCGCUGAAAGAUCUUCAUGCUGUAGCAGAAAUGUCUAAUGAGGAUGGGAGGAGAGAUAAACUAACUGAAAGUUUACGUCGCCACAUUCAAGUUCCUACAAUAACAUCCCCCCAUUGGUCUCCUAGUGGUUCAUCUGAUUCAGACUCUGUCUCUAGUCUGAGCAUUUCUUCAGACGAGCCACAGUUUUCCAGUUUUGAUGGGUUAAACUUGAUGGAUUCUUUAGUUCCUCCUGAUGCUCUUAACAUAGAAGUUCCUCUAGGGGUUUCAAAAUCACUUGGGAAGGGUAAAUACACAGUAGUAUGUUUAUAUGCUAACCAGUUCCGUGAUCUUCGGGAACGGUGCUGCCCUUCAGAGCUUGAUUAUAUUGCUUCGCUUAGCCGUUGCAGAAACUGGGAUGCCAAAGGAGGGAAGAGCAAGUCCUUUUUUGCCAAAACACUUGAUGACAGAUUUAUUAUAAAGGAAAUUAAGAAGACGGAGUAUGAUUCAUUUGAGAAGUUUGCUUUACAUUAUUUCAAAUACAUGAACCAGGCGUUUGAGUCUGGUAGCCAAACCUGUCUUGCGAAAGUUCUUGGAAUUUAUCAGGUGAUAGUAAGACAGCCAAAAACUGGGAAAGAGACAAGACAUGAUCUUAUGGUAAUGGAGAAUCUUACCUUUGGAAGAAACAUUACUCGCCAGUAUGAUCUUAAAGGUGCCUUGCAUGCUCGAUUCAGUUCAGCUGCUGAUGGUUCUGGAGAUGUUCUUUUGGAUCAGAACUUUGUCAAUGACAUGAAUUCUUCUCCGUUAUACCUUAGUAAUAAAGACAAGCGUCUCUUGCAGCGUGCUAUAUGGAAUGACACAACGUUCCUCAAUUCGAUCAACGUAAUGGAUUACUCUUUACUUCUUGGUGUGGAUACGCAGCGGCGGGAGCUUGUUUGCGGGAUUAUUGAUUAUCUGAGGCAGUAUACCUGGGACAAACAACUAGAGACAUGGGUUAAGUCUUCUCUAGUUGUUCCCAAGAACGUGUUGCCAACAGUUAUCUCUCCCAAGGAAUACAAGAAAAGGUUCAGAAAGUUCAUGUCAACUUACUUUUUCAGCGUCCCUGAUGAUUGGGGCUCACAGGAAUCCUGUGACCCUUGUGAACUUGGUGGUGGCAUUAGAGAUAAUGAUAUUGAUAUGUCCUCUCAAUCCAAGUAAUGGUAUUUCUGGCUAGAUCUUGUAUUCCUUGUUUCUCUUUUCUUUUUUUUCCCUGGAAUUAGCCAUCAUUUUUGAGAAAUUAUUGUGUACAUAUCCAAUCCGUUAUCGUGCAGUUUUUAGCAAAGUUCUGGGGUAGUUUCAUUGCUAUAGGUCUACCAUAUCCAUAUUAAUGUCCAUAUAUUUGUACAGUGAAGAGAGGAAUUGUAGAUAGCCGGGGUAAUAGGAAGACUGAUAAUUUUAAAGCAAUUUAAAGUUGAAGUUUUAUGUUGAAGAUUGUAUGAAUGUAUUGAUGGGGAUGAUCCAUCCUCUGGUUUUGACUGCACUGUCAGUUAUGUUCCCAGCAAAGGAUUUGCAGAUAUUUCAUAUGGGCGGAAGAUCUUAAAGGAUACAAGGAUAAAUGAUUAUCAAACUCAGUAGCUGGAUUUGUUUAACUUUAAGCAACUAGCAAACCCGCAAUUAUGAAUAGGGUUUUGUUUUUGAUGUUUUUAUAAUAGGAAAAGGUUUUUUUAUUUAAUAUUAAUAUAAUUAUUAAAAUAAAAUGAAAUUUCAUUGAGUGACAUCUUCUUUAGUAGGCAAGUAUCAAUCGAUAAAAAAAUAAUUUAAAUACUUGGAGAAGUAUAAAGGUGUAAAAUUGCGGGUGAGGGAAGUAGGAAAACCGGGAAAGGCAUACAUGGAGAAACAUGAUUGGGUUGUGAAGAGUAACAAAUUGACAGUGAGUAUGACAUAGUCUCUCUUCGUCCACGCUCGUUCUAACAGAAAGAAUCUUAUUACUCGAUGCCCACUAGAGUGUCUCUCCAUUACGCGCUCCCACUUAUAUUUUUAAUGUUAACCCACUUGCACUUGAACUUGCACUUGCACGGACCCUUCUUUUAAAGUCUCCCACGCCAGGAAUCAACCAAGCCAAGCAAAGCACAACGCAACCCACUUAGCUACUACAACGCUUACCCAAACUUACCAAACCUCAAAUAAACAGUUUACAGAUUCGGAGACUCCAUGUUGGGACCAAAUUAGUUCCCCCACCCCCCUCUCCCCUGCAUCCGUCUGCAACUGUCAGCAAGUGGUAGUAUCAACUUGAUAGAAAUUCUGAGGCAACUGAGUCAAAAUUCAAUGAUCUGUUCUCGCCAAUAACUGUUAAUAUAGAAUGGUAGUCAGUAUCGCGGUGAUUGAAGGUUAACCUCUGGUUUGAGGGUCUCCAAGACCAAAAGAUGAGUCUUGCAUGCCUGGUGUGCCACAGUGUGGAAAGUCCGUCACACUCUUUCCGGAGUUACUCUGUUUCAAGCUCAGAUAACGAGGGAAGAUGUUCAGCUGUUGCUAACUGCUUAGCAAGGAAGACAUCUCUACCAUCUGCAAGACCAGCUAUAACAACGACCUCCAAAGUGGCCCCACAACCAAAUUUUCAAAACAGCGUUGGAAUGGCAGGUCCGCCACGUCUGGUGCGUAGUCGUGCUGUUAGGAGGGAUCUUGUGAGAGACUGGAACUUUGAAGAGGUUGUGAUGGAACGCUAGUUUGCUUAGUAUGAGGUGCAAGACUGUGGGGGCUCUCUCCAUUUGGGCUCUCUAUUUUGUAUUAGUGUGCAAAAACUGAACUUUUCAGCAUAUGUAACACACUGAGUAAAGAUUAUUGAAUGUGAAGAACAUAUCACAUGUCCUAUGUCUCCUGCCUUAUUUGUUUAGGUGUUUUGGUACAGCAUGGGCAUGGCUGACAAUCUGUACAGCUUCCUCAACCCACUGCAAAUUUGGGUUAGACAGGUGGAAGCCGGCAAGAUUGGCUCUGCUCAGCCCUCUUUAGACAGCAUUCGAAGUUAGUUUUAAUAUUGUCCUCAAUUGUGCCAGCUUAGUUUUAUUAUUGUCCUCAAUUGUGCCAGCUGGGGCAGUCCACUCCAUCUGCCUUUUAUCUUUAUUUUUCAUUUUGAUGUAUGAUGAUAUGGUUCAGAUUGAAAUUAUAGAUUUUUGUUGUAGCUGAA